GCUGCCCCCAUCCCACGUGUCACCCCGCAGCUCUCAUUGGCCAGGAACCACAACCAAUGGGAGCUACAGGGGUCUCCCUUGCAGACUGGGCAGUGUGUAAAGCCACCUGGCCAGGCCUCUGCAUAAGAGCCAGAGAGGGGUCAUACUACUGCUUGCGGGUCUCUGGCUCCCCACCGCGCCAGCAUGUCUCACAGGCAUUCUGACAGCUCCGUGAGCGACAAGGCCCUUCUCCUGGAGCCCAAGUUCCAUUCAGAGCUACGGAUAGAUGCAAACGUGACCCCUCCCUCUGGGAAACGCAGCUCCAUGGCAGCACUAGACAGCACCAUGUUCGCAGCCCAGCGCUCCCCGUCCCCCACUGAGCCCUGCCGCGUCGUCCUCAGCACAGAGAGCCCAGCCGCACUGAAGAUGGGCACCCAGCAGCUGAUCCCCAAAAGCUUGGCCGUGUCUACCAAAUCCAAGACCCCCGCCCGCCACCAGAGCUUCGCCGUGGCCAUGCCAAGUAAAGAGGCAGCUCGCUGCGACCCCAAGCGGAUGUCAGCCCCCAGCAUUUCCCUGGAUGACCUGGACAUCGAGAUGGAUUCUAGCGGGCUCAAGCGCAACCUACGGAACACGUCGUACCGGGCUGCCAUGAAGGGGCUCGGGAAUGCCGAGGAGCCUUCUAAGGGCGUCGCCACCCUAAAGCCAGUGUCGCAGGACAUCAACGCACACCCAGCGCAUAGCCCAGGGAGAACCAAGAGAACGCUCGGGAGGAAGCGGAUGCAGAGACACGGGGGCUCCUUUAAGGAUGAGCCCCGGCUCUAUCAGGAGAUCCGUGAGAGAGGGCUGAACUCCAUCAACCAUGAGUCAGACGAUGACUUGCUGGAGGAGGACUCCGUUCUGGAGGAGCAUUCCGCUCCUGCCACAAUCGUGGUGAAAAGCUAUCGCCCCGCCCAGGUGACCUGGAGCCAGCUACCUGAGGUGCAGGAAGCAGGCAUCCUAGAAAAAAUAACCCCAGAGGAACGCAAAAGGCAAGAGGCGAUCUUUGAGAUUAUCACCUCUGAAUACUCCUACCUGCACAGCCUGGGUAUCCUGGUGUGUCACUUCAUGAAAUCCGAAGAGCUGAAGGAGACAAUGACCCAGACUGAGCACCAUCACCUCUUCUCCAACAUCGGCGAGAUCCUGAGCAUCAGCAAAAGUUUUUUUGAGGAUUUGGAGAAGCGGCACCAGGAAAAUAUACUGAUCCCUGACAUCAGCGACAUCCUAGAGAAUCACGUGUCAAACCGCUUCAACCCUUACGUUGUCUAUUGCUCCAACGAAGUCUACCAGCAAAGGACGCUACAGAAGCUUCUAAACACGAAUGCUACGUUUAAAGAGGCCUUGAAACAAAUUGAGAGGAAGCCAGAGUGCGGUGGCCUGCCAAUGAGCUCCUUCCUCAUCCUCCCCAUGCAAAGAGUAACACGCCUCCCCCUGCUUAUGGACACGGUUUGUCAGAAAACCAACGUGUACAGCACAGCCUAUGAAGCUGCCACUCAAGCCCUGAAAGCCAUCAGCAAGCUAGUUAAGAAAUGCAAUGAGGGAGCCCACACGAUGGAGAGGACCGAGCAGAUGUACACACUUCAGAAACACCUGGAGUUUGGAAAGAUCAAGCCUUUCCCACUGAUUUCUGCUUCCCGCUGGCUGCUGAAAAGAGGGGAGAUCUCCCUUUCCCAUUCAGAAGAUGCUGGUAUCUUCCGCAAAGGCUUUGGCCGGGCUAACUGCUAUCUUUUUCUGUUCAAUGACGUCCUGAUUGUAACCAAGAAGAAAAGUGAGGAGAGCUACAUAGUUAUGGACUAUGCCAAGCUGGAUCAGAUAAUGGUGGAGAAAAUUGAAAGCCUUGACAGUCCCUCGUCUCCCCCCGGGAAGCCAGGAUCAAGUGGUGCAGCCCGUAGCGGCCACUCGUUUCGAGUGAUCAUGAAGAGGAACAGCGAAGGGAAGGAGGAGACGAUUGUGCUGUCGGCAGAGUCUCUGAGUGAUCGGGCUCGCUGGAUCACUGCUCUGAUGCACAGAGAAAACAAAACAGAUGACGUGGGUAGUAAAGGAGAGCUGAGACAGGUGGAGAUAAUCAGGGCCUACUUGGCUAAACAGACGGAUGAGAUUUCCCUGCAGCAGGCGGAUGUCGUCUUGGUCCUCGGCGAGGAGGAUGGCUGGUACUUGGGUGAGAGGCUGCGAGAUGGCGAGAGAGGCUGGUUUCCCCAGUCGUGCGCUCAGCACAUCACCAACCGCAACGCUGUGGAGAGCAACGUCCGGCGCAUGGAGCGGCUGCGGAUAGAGACGGAUGUGUGAGUCCCAGGCCCCGGGGGACGUUCUCUCUCUGGAAUAAGCCAGUUAUAAGGCCAUGAGCCGCAAGCCGGCUGAGCCCAUAGACUUUUGAGGAGAGGAAAGUCUGUGGUCCAGACCCGCUGAUGCCCUUGGUGUCUCUCCCAUGCAGCUGAUCUUCGGAGCAAACUCCAUUUCCCUUCCUUUUAAGAAAACGCUCUCUAGAGGAACUAACUUGACUCAGACGUGAGCAUUUUGUGCAGAGAGAGGGACUGUGUAACCUCUGUGCAUGCACUCAGGAUGUGUCAUCUUCUCUCUGAAGACUUCAGUAACCCUAGGAGCUACUUCACAUCGUCUGAUCUGCCCUGGCCCCUCGUAUGCAGCUGGACGGUUUUCUAAUAUCGACUGGAAUUUGCUGCAUGGAAUUUAAAGCCAUGGCUUCUUGCUUUGAAAUCCAACCCAGAGACGUCUCUGAAAUAUUCAAAUGUGGAGCUGGGGCUUUAGUUAGAUAUUUCAGUUUGUGUGCCGCUGUCUCCAAUUCACCUUUAUUCUCUCUCUGAAAUCACCUAUUGCUAUUAGUCCUGGGGCAAGCACUUGUCAGGGACCCUAAUGGAACAUGCAGCAGUUUAGUUACAGGGGUUCUUUGCAGCCACUGUAUUGUGGAGAACACGUCCAGGUGUGGUUUGAUAAGUGUGUAUCUAUAAAAUGGAUAUUUUUCCUUC